CUCACGCAUAAACAACGCAGUAUGGCCGAUACAGCGGAUUAGGCAGACCUGUUUAUUCUUUAUCUCAAUUAGACUGUUGGCUUUUCGGAAAUAAAAAUACCCCAUUAACUAGCUAUGCCUCUGUCGGAUCAAGAACCGAGAAGCCCCAGAAGACGACGAAGGAGUCGAUCUCGGAGUCGAUCUCGCGACUCCAGUCCAGUCUUUGGUCCCAUGCCGAAGACGACCAAAUAUGAAGAAGAACAUAAACCUCCUCGAAUGUCCGAAAGGGAGAAAGAAAUGAGAGAGAGAAAUGCCAAAAGGUUUCGUACGGAAAACCCCCGCAGUCGUUCCAGGUCUCGAGAAAGGCACAACAACCACAGCUGGUCCGAUCAGCGUGGUGGCGGUGAUGGAAGAUAUGGAGGUGGUGGCGGCAGGAAUGACUACUACGAACGGGAUGAUGCUCAACGCCAGAGGCAAGAGGCAUUCAUCUCCAGACGGCUGCAAGAGAGGGAGAGAAUUGGUGAACUUGGAUCACCUGAGGUCUGGGGUUAUUCACCAAGAGUAAUGGCACCAGACUCUGAUGAACACACGCCAGUGGAAGAGGAUGUGAAAAACAGCAGCUCAGAUUCAAGUUCAUCAGAUGAUAAGAAGAAGAAAAAGAAGAAGAAGAAAUCCAAAAAGAAGAAAACCAAAAAACACUCAGAUGACAGCGAGUCAGAGUCAGACUCUGGUGAUGAGGACAUGAAAAAGAAGAAGAAGAGGAAGAAGAGCAAAAAGUCAAAGAAGUCCAAGAAGAAGAAGGCGAAGAAGAACCGCAAGCAGUCAGUGAGCGAUUCCAGCAGCGAAGGGUCUGAAGAGGAGGACGCCAAUGGGGAUCAGUGGGUGGAAAGGACCUGCAUUGAUGAACACAUGGUGGGCCCCGAGGCCCCACUCACCCACCUGUCCCAGGAUGACAAGCCCCUCGAUUUUGGUCAUGCACUGUUACCAGGUGAGGGCGCUGCCAUGGCAGAAUAUGUGAAAGCAGGCAAGCGUAUCCCAAGAAGAGGUGAAAUCGGGUUGACCAGUGACGAAAUCGCAACAUUUGAAAUGUCUGGCUUUGUCAUGAGCGGUAGCAGACAUCGUCGUAUGGAGGCUGUGCGUCUGAGAAAGGAAAACCAGAUCUAUAGUGCAGAUGAAAAGAGAGCUCUGGCAUCCUUCAAUCAAGAGGAAAGGAGAAAGAGAGAGAGCAAAAUUCUCUCCAGCUUUAGAGAAAUGGUGUACAGGAAGACUAAAGGCAAAGAAGAGAAAUGAAUAUUUUUGUUCCUGUCCUGUCAGAACUUUCAGCUUGGGAUAUCUUUUCCCCAAACACUAUCUUGUAUUUCGUUUUAAAACUGUUUUAUGAUUUGGGAAUGUGUUUGUGGUUUUACAAUUUCGGCCUUUAUUUUAAAACAGCUCCAACACAAUGGAAUAUUUUGUUUAUGUAGAAGUAGUCAUUUAUUGUAAAGUGCUUAUUUAUCUAGGUUCAUAAAGUGUGUUGAAGACAAAUACAAGAAUGGACCAGGUACCUUGUACUUCAAUCUAUAUAUUUGGAGACCCACCUGGAGAGUAAUUUUGUACCAGGAUAUUUUCUUAGGAUAAUAAAUGGUGUGUAUCACAACAUAAAUCAAUUACAAUCCAUCCCUGUAUCUUUUCCCUAUUAGUGUCCCUUUUAGUGUUGAGAAUAGGCAUGUAGUGUCACAUCACAUGUUAAGAAUUUAUUAAUAUUUUCUAAAGCUUUAUUUAUUAGGGAAAUUAAGUUGAUGUUAAAAAUUUUUAAAUGUUCUCAACAUAUGGGUUGUUGUACCUUUGAUCAAUUUAUUCUAAAUUGAUUAUUUAGUGUAGAUGCCAAAUAACUGCAUUUAUUAAACAGCCAUUGGCCUCAGUCAAAUAAUCUCUAGAUUGUAAGAAUUUUAAUUAUUUGGUAAUUUUCGAAGUGGAUUUAAAUUGGGGUCAAUAUAUAGGAUCAGUGUGGUUUUGUUACCUGUAAGCAACCAACCUGCACUUGUCUGAAUAGCCUGUUGUGUCAUCCGUUGUAUCUCGAAUGUUGGUAAAGAAUGCUUCUUCA